GAACCCUUGAACCCCGAUUUCUGCGCAGACCUGUUUUAGGUAACAUUGUGCAUUAGACAUGGAUUUUACCGAGGAUACAGUUAGACAAGGGAAGAGGCAUGAGGAGGAUGUCACAUCUCAUUCUACUGCUAAAAAGGCCAAGGGGUCCAUCUUUUCAGUUAAUACCUCCAAACCCGACUUGAAGUUGUUGAAAGAGGCUUAUGGCUUGUUGUCUUCUAGGGAAAAGCAUGACUUUGAGUUCGAGUUAGUGCUUACCAUUGAUGAGUACCAUCAUUUCCUUCGGUGUAGUCCUGCAGUGGAUUCUUGUUCCUUCACUCCUCAAGUGCAACCAUUAAUGGCCUUGGGAACAAGAUUAGAAGGCAUGACAUCUUCUCAAAAGAUUAACUUUGUGGCAUUGGGAAUCUAUGGCAUGGUGAUCUUCUCUAUUCAUGUUAAAAACAUUGCACCUAUGGUGAUAGUUUUCUUUGAGCAGUUGUUGCACACUUCAGCACUUAAUCCCGUUCCUACAGUGGUGGCUGAAACUUUGAGGUCUAUGGGAAAUGUUCGAGUAGAAGGAUCCGGUCGUUUUUUGAGUUGCAUUGAGUUAUUCACUAUGUGGGCACAUGUUAAUGAUGUCAGAUUUGUUCUCCCGACUUGGAAUGCUACUCAUUAUCCUGCUCCACCCAAAGGACGUCACUCUAUUCCUUUGUUGGGUAUUCAUGGAGGGGUUACAUAUUCAGUGGAAUUGGCAUCUCGUCAGUUUGGAAAGGCACAAAGCAUUCCUUAUCUUGAUGAAGCAUUGCAGUCACAUUUUGACUACACAUCUUUUCCGGUGAUAACUAACAAGAUAUCCGAGGCACAUGGGGCGUGGGAGAAAUGUAGAAUGCUACUGAUAAGGAAAGAGAAAGGGACUAGGCCCCAUACCCAAAGGCAACAGUUGCAAAAGAAGUAUGAUGAAUUAGCUCUUGAUCAUGAGUUGCUUAAAAGAGGAAAACAGUUGUCUGAUCAGCAAGUAGCGGGAUUAAAGGACAAAAUUGCCCCGUUAGAAAAGGAUUUGGCUGCUAGUAAUGAAAUUUGUGGUAAGCAAAAGAGGAGCUUGAAGUUUGCCAGAAGACAAAAGGAAAGGCUAUUGGAAGUAAAGGCGGAUCUUAAAUCAAAAGAAAAGGAGAACAAGGAAGUUACUGAUAAGGUGACUAAGCAGCAAGAAUUGAAGGAAAGGGUGGUUAAGUGGAGGAAUGCCUACAACAACCUAUCGUCUGAUGCUCUACAAAGGGAGUUACAAGUAGCAAAUAAUCUUUACAAGAUUGCCAUGGAGGACAUGUGCUAUCAACUCCAAGUCAAGAAGCAAAAGAACCAAGCCCUUCUUGAAGAGGACAUCGGCCUGCGUAAAAAUUCUUCAAUCAUAGCUCCAAAGCGAAAGAUCUUCAAAAAGCAACGUUCUCCGUAUUUGCUCAAAUCUAGAGCCAUGUCUGAAGAAAAUACUACUACGAAUCUGGAAAAACCAGCCAUUGAUGAAAGGGUUGAUAAACUAGAGGCUACAAUGCAAGCUAUGGCUAUGACUCUUCAGGCCAUCAGUCUCACUUUGUCAAAUCUGACCACUAGUUCUGUUUCUUCGUCUAUAGCCUUGGUGCCUACAACGCCUGCCUCAUCUGUUCCUAUUCCAUCAUCUACCAUUGCAUCGGAUGAACAACCCUAUCUUGCCCACAACCACAUCCCUUACCCACUCGAGAUGAACAACCCUAUCUUGCCCACAACCACAUCCCUUACCUUUAACAUGCCACCUGUGAUGGGACAAGUGCCAGCUACUCAACCCACCCCUUCGGUUGAGAUGUUAAGGCCUGUUUUAGAGGACGGGAGGUCAAGGGAGAUGUACGCCAGGAAAAUGGCACCUUAUGCUAAUGAUGAAAGGGUGCUCAUUCAUUACUUUCAAGACAGUCUGUCAGGCCUGGCAAGCAUUUGGUUCUCCAUUCUUGACAAAAAGAAGAUUCACACUUUCAAGGAUGUGUCUCAAGCUUUCAUGAAGCAGUACGAGUAUAAUAUCAGUUUAGCUCCUACAAGGGAUAGCUUGCAGAGAGUCACUAAGAAGGGUAAUGAGACUUUUAAGGAGUUUGCUCAACAGUGGAGAUCCGAAGCAGCUAAAUUCAUUCCACCUCUCACUGACAGUGAAAUAUGCUCUCUCUUUAUCAAGUCAACUACUGGGACCUUCCGUGCAUGGUUAGCUCCUUGUGUGGGGUACACUUUUGCUCAAUUAGUGAUAGCAGGGGAACAAAUUGAAGAUGGACUAAAGGCAGUGCAAGUGAACCCUGUGCAACCACCUUAUCCUUACGGGUAUGAUCCACGAGCUAAAUGUGAAUAUCAUAAUGUAACAGGUCAUGGUACCGAAUAUUGUACAACUCUGAAACAUAAAAUUCAAGAUCUCAUUGAUGAAGGAAAACUCCAACUUGAUGAAACUAAGAGUGCUCCAAGCAUCACUCAGAAUCCUUUACCUCCACAUGGUGCACCCACCAUGAAUAUGAUUACCCUCGAUGAAGUUGAUAGACCCGUAUUGGAAAAUGCUAGUUCAUGGUCUCUUGAUGAAUUAUUUGUCAUUUUAAUAGAGUAUGAUCUUAUUCAGCCAAUUGCAUCAAUGAGCUCGGAUGUUCCGCCUGUGACAAUUGAUGAUGCUUCGGUGUGUCUUUAUCACUCCAAUAUGAAGGGGCAUACUUUGCAAAUUUGUGGAGAUUUUCAAAGAAAAAUUACGGAGCUACAAAGAAUGGGAUCUCUGAAGUUCAUGUUUGCUCUAGAGUCAGAGAAAUUCAUAGCACCAGUGACCGAAGAAUACUUCACUAAGGAGAAGCCUUACAUUUUGCAAGAUGCUACAAAAGCACAAGUCAUCAAUCAGCCUUAUGUCUUGAAGACCUCCCUUAAUGAGUCACUCAUGGGAAAGACAUCAUCUGUGGUUAUGCCUCAACACUCUACCAUCUUGAAUUCCACCGCCAAUGAUGUGUCCAAUAUGACCUGCAGUGGUUGGUGCUAUGUGAGUCCCGAGGUGGAAGAAUCGAGAAGGGCUGCCUUGAAGUCAAAAGACAUCAGAAUUGAAGAGAUACCAGAAGAAUCACCCAAGAAGCUAAUGUCAGAAAAUGAAGUUGCAGAAUUUCUGAACAUUUUGAGGAAGAGUGAGUAUAGCAUCAUUGAACAGCUCAACAAAACUCCUGCAAAAAUUUAUGUUUUAGAAUUAAUGCUAUCAUCUGAGGUUCAUCUUGAUGCAUUCCUCAAAGUCUUGAAAGAGGCCCAUGUGCCUAAGAAUAUUGAUACUAAGAAGUUUGGGACUGUGUUCGGGGCAAUUUUAGCUCCAAAUUAUAUUAAUUUCACAGAUGAUGAGAUUCCCGAUGAAGGAAAUGGACAUACCAAGGCUCUCCAUAUUUCAGUUCAAUGUAGAAUGAUGAAUGUGCCUCAUGUAUUGAUUGAUAAUGGGUUAGCUUUGAAUGUGAUUCCUAUGACGGUCUUGAAACAAUUGAAGGUGGAUGAAUCUCACAUCAGUCAGUGCAAUACAGUUGUUCAUGCUUUUGAUGGAACAAAGAGGAAUGUGAUUGGAAAGAUUGAGCUUCCAGUGGAAAUUGGUCCUGUGACUUUUUAUGUGGAUUUCUUUGUCAUGGAUAUUUCUCUCGCUUUUAAUAUGCUUUUUAUGUGCUUUGGUAUUCUUGUCACAGUGAAUGGUGAGGAAGAGCAUGUCAUCCGAAAGGCUACAACCAUUCCUUACUUGGGAGUUGAUCCAGGAACUUAUGAAUCCUCUUAUCACUCAAUGGAGUGUGCUGCUGCUUCUUAUAUUCACCCGAGGUUCAAAGGGAAAAGGGUUGAAAUGGCUAAACCUACCAAAGUUGCUGCUAAAAUCAUGCUUUCAUGCACUUUUGGUUUGGGAUACAAACCGAAGAAGGAAGAUUGGCAGAGAAUGCGUGCUAUUAAAGCGGAGAAACGCCUUGCUAGACUUCAAGGGAGAGACCCAAGGGAUGAACCAAUGUGGGUGCCACACAUUAGAGUCACAUUUCCACAACCUGUUGAGAUUUUGUGCCCUUCUCUUGAUGGUUAUGUAGUAAAGCAUAUGGGUGUUUUGUAUGUAGAUCCAGAGGGUACUGUUUUCAUUGAUAGAUUGCUUGAAAUCGAGGAAUGUUCAAAACAAGCAAGGUUUGAGGAAGUGGUGGUGGAAGAUAUCACCGAUGAAGUCUGUUCUGAUGAUGAGGAAGACAGUUUUGGCUUCAACAACCUCUUUGGGCCAGCCAACAUGACAGAUCCUAAGGAAAGGUGGAGAAGGAUGCUCGCUGAAAGGGCAUUUAUGGAAAAGCACCCCAACUUUCAACUCAUUCAUAAUGCAAAAGCUCCAAUGGAUCCACAUGAGCCUGUGCUCCUUGAAACACCUGCUAAUGACGAAUCUUUAAACAAUGAUGCCAUAUCAGACUUUAUAUAUGAGAUUGAUGAUCAGACCUAUAAAGAAGAAAACAAUGAAAAUCUCGAUCCUUCUCAUGAACUAACUCAAAUGCUAAGAAAGGAAAAACCGAGGCUGCAACCAAAUCAAGAGACAGAAACCAUUAAUCUGGGUACUAAAGAUGACAGAAAUGAGAUAAAAAUCAAUGCUCAUCUAUCCUCAGAGGAAAGAAAAGAAUUGAUUAAGCUCUUAUUUGAGUUCCAAGAUGUUUUUGCUUGGUCCUACAAAGACAUGCCGGGACUUGAUCCUGAUAUCACUGUUCACGCCAUUCCACUCUAUUUUGAGGCCAAGCCAUUCAAGCAAAAGCUAAGGAGGAUGAAACCAGAGGUUCUGUUGAAAGUCAAAGAAGAAGUACAAAAGCUGCUCGAUGUCAAUUUCAUUGAGGUAGCUAUGUAUCUGGAAUGGUUGGCCAAUAUCGUUCCUGUAAUGAAAAAGGAUGGCCGGGUUAGAGUCUGUGUGGAUUAUAGAGACUUGAACAAAGCAAGCCCCAAGGAUGAUUUCCCAUUGCCUCACAUCCAAAUUCUGCUAGAUAAUGCUGCCAAAAAUGCUCGGUUCUCUUUUGUUGAUGGCUACUCUAGAAUCUCUCGGUGGCAUAUGUUGCCUUCCGAAUUUGAUAUUGUUUACACCACACAAAAGGCCAUCAAAGGGCAAGCCAUUGCAGAUCAUUUAGCCGAACAUGCGACAGAGGAUUAUGAGCCUAUUGAUUGGGAUUUUCUUGAUGAGGACAUUUUGGCAGUGGAGGCAGAAUCUGAUUCAGAUAAUUGGAAGCUCUUCUUUGAUGGAGCUGUUAACCAACUUGGUUGUGGCCUUGGAGCCGUGUUGGUAUCCCCAAAGGGAGAUCAUUUUCCUAUUGCUAUAAAUCUUGAUUUUGCUUGUACCAACAACAUAGCUGAAUAUGAGGCUUGUAUUGCUGGAAUGCAUGCUGCUUUGGAUAUGAAUAUUCAAGAUUUGGAGAUAUAUGGUGAUUCAGCACUAAUCAUCUGCCAAACAAAUGGUGAAUGGCAAACCAAGGAUCCAAAACUUAUUCCCUAUCACCAAAACCUUGAAACUCUCAUCAAGAAGUUUAGAUUCAUCUCUUUAAAUCAUAUGCCCCGUACCAAGAACCAAUUCGCAGAUGCUUUGGCAACUUUAGCCUCCAUGAUCCAAAUCUCCAAGGAUGAGGUGAUUAAGCCUUUGGUGAUUGAGAUUAGUCAAGAAUCGGCACAUUGCAUGGAAAUCAAGGUUGAUGACCAACCAUGGUUUCAUGAUAUUAAACAAUUCUUGCAAAAUGGGGAAUACCCUUUAUAUGCUUCUGAGGUGAACAAGAAGACAAUCAGAAAAUUAGCAGCUUCAUACUCCUUGAGCGGAAAUACAUUGUAUAAGCGCUCUGCUGAUAUGACCUUGUUGAGAUGUGUUGAUGAAACAAAAGCAAAACAAGUCAUGACUGAGAUUUAUGCUGAUCAUAUUAAUGCUCCGCCUUCAUUACUGCAUAAUAUGUCCGCCCCUUGGCCGUUCUCCAUGUGGGGCAUUGAUGUGAUUGGGGCAAUUAAUCCUAAAGCUUCCAAUGGUCAUCAAUUUAUCUUGGUUGCUAUUGAUUAUUUUACCAAAUGGGUAGAAGCAACAUCUUAUGCUAGUGUUACAAAGAAGGUGGUUACUAGCUUCAUCAAAAGAGAGAUCAUCUGCAGAUAUGGGCAACCAAAGGCCAUCAUCACUGAUAACGCAAGCAAUUUGAACAAUGAUAUGAUGACUGCACUAUGCAAGCAAUUCAAGAUCAAGCAUUUUAACUCUUCUCCAUACCGACCAAAGAUGAAUGGUGCGGUGGAAGCUGCCAACAAGAACAUCAAGAAGAUUCUAGCUAAAAUGGCAGUCACUUACAAAGAUUGGCAUGAAAUGUUGCCAUAUGCUCUCCAUGCUUAUAGAACCUCUGUUUGCACUUCAACUGGGGCAACACCUUAUUCCUUAGUAUAUGGAAUGGAGGCAGUAUUACCAAUUGAGCUAGAAAUCCCUUCUAUGAGAAUCUUAUCCGAGUCAGGGAUUGAUGAAGAAGACUUGAUUCAGAAAAGGAUUGAUUAUCUCAAUUUGCUUGAUGAAAAAAGAUUGGCAGCUCUUUGUCAUGGCCAAUGCUAUCAGCGACAAAUGGCAGUAGCUUACAACAAGAAAGUCAAACCUAGAGUAUUUCAUCAAGGAGAUCUCGUCUUAAGAAAGAUCAUGCCAAAUGAAAGGGACCCUAGGGGCAAAUUCACACCGAAUUAUGAAGUGCCCUAUGUUGUUAAAGAAGCUUUCUCCAGAGGAGCACUCUUGUUGAGAUAUCCAGAUGGAACUGAUUAUCAUCACCCAGUGAAUGCCAAUGUUGUCAAAAUGUAUUAUUGCUAAAAAAAAAAAUUUAGUUGAAAACCCGAAAGGGCAGCCUAACAAAUUAAUGUUUCCUUG